AGAGCGACGCUGUGGGAGCCUUCGUUCUGCAGCAAUAUACUCUUGAGCGUCCUGGCUUUUCAGCCGUCGCUUGUAAAAUUCAGUUAAUUUGAUUGGAUAAUACGAUUCAAAAGACUUGUAAUAUAAGCGAGUCAGUCGUCUUCCGUUGAUAAACGUGACUGCACAAAAAAUAAACGAAACCCACAAGGCAUAGGCAUAGCAUGAACUGAAGGUAUUCAGAUUCAGUGAUGUGGUGCCGAUGGACGACGUUAGGACCCCAGUGAGAGCAGGAGCAGCAGCGCUUUAUGGACAAGUGCUCGUCAAUGAGAAGUGGAGGGGGUCUGCAAUAGCUCAGGGGUUUCAGGGAAAGAUCAAACCGAUAUUUGAAGAUGGGCUGGGAUUGGUGGACUUCCACUUAUCUAAUCAAACCUGUGUGCUGUAUAUUUCUGAAACAGACAUGGUGGUUGGAAACAGCUACAAGAGGAAACUUGUUCGAUUUCGAAAAGCUACCAGCCUUCGUGGGAUCGUACUUGUGGAAAAGACCAGGAUCAGCGAACAGUAUUUUCAGUCUGUCCAGAAAUUUGUGGUGUUGGAAUUAGGAAUGACAUUACUCCCUGUUGCCAGCCAGACUGAAGCCUCUCAGCUUCUUAUCCAGCUAGUUCAUGAAGAGAGUAAAGAACAUGGUCACAACCCCUUCCGUCGGAAAAGUCGCUCUAAUUUGGCCGAGCCGGCUGUCCUGGCCAUGGUUCAGCAGAUCCCUGGGGUUGGGAAAGUAAAAGCUUUGGCCCUGCUACAGCAGUUUCCCAGCAUUCACCAGCUGAGCAACGCCACUACUGAAGAACUUGAGGUUGUCGUGGGACGGACGAUAGCACAGCAAAUUAGAACUUUCUUCAUACAGACUUAACCAGCCUGCAAGAAUAAUAUGAGAUUUGCGUUUCCCACAGCACAGUUUCACCACACCAAGCAGGUCAGACAUUGUAGAAGAUACUUGCAAAUUUUAGCUCUACGUUUAUUUGUGUUUUAAAUGCUAUUGCAGAUGCUUUUAGUUCUCACUCAUUCAGAGGCAUAUGCUGGGAUUGGAGAAGAAAGUGGAACUACCUGCUUUACCACUAUGAAUAGGAUGGGCAGUCAUGGUAGAACUGAUACGAUGUGGUAGUGAGUAUCCAAGGCAACUAGACGUCUUUAAUUCCUUUCGGAGUGGAAAUCUACAGCAAAAUCCAGAAUGGCCUGAGUUGGCCAUCAUAAUGGACUUGUAACAGGAACCAUUAUGAAGUGCAUGUCAUAUGCAUAACAAAUACAUUGUUUAUGUUACACCGCUCAUUUACUCAUUUAAAGAAUGUGUUUAAUUUAAGUUGUCUCCUUUUUUUUUGUAACAAGAAAACCAAGUGGCCUUUUUAAUAAUGCAGCAACCUUUGAUAGCAAGAGGGGUGAACUGACUUAUGAUACUACUGUACAAAGAAACAGAGCUAUAAAAUCAGAAGUGGCUUUGGCUGUGUCUUUAAUUAAAAUUAAGCUUGCCCUCACAAAA